GUCCGUAGAAGGUCGUCAAGGAAAACAAUUUUCUUCCAAAUAUUCUUGUAGAUCGUACAUUUAAGUCAUUUUCUCAGCAAUAAAUCAUACAUCUACCCAUAAAUCAUGACCCACGUACGGACAUAUAAUCCAUCAGUACGGGUUGCGAACUGGAAUGAAGAUAUACAAUUGGAAGAGGACACAUUGAAAGAUUUUCUUGAACGCAAAGAAAGAGGUGAACUGCUCAUACAGAAAACACAUGGACUUUCAGAGACCUUUUUACAAAAUACAAGUCUUAGUGUAACAAGAGAUGGAGAAGUACACUUUGGUGAUGUUGUUAUGAUAAUGAAUAAAGGAGCUAGAGACCAAACAAAGUACUCAACAUCACAAGACCCAAGAAAAGACAGUGUAUUAUCUGUUUGCCCUGACUUUUCCGGUGACAGUUCAAGAGUCUCUGUGUCUGGGUCACAAUCUGGCACACCAACUAAACGAAACACAUUUAUCAUCACCAGCAUAGAUGGCACUCCGAAUGGACAACCUCUCCGAUAUGGUCAACCCUUUCAUUUCCAAGCAGUACAUAAUAAUUUUCUUCUCCAUAGUGACCGUGUGUCAUUCCAAACAUGUGCCAAGAGAUCACGUCACCAAGCUGUCAGUCUAGUAGAUGCGCCAUCUUUCCUCACACAAUGGCAAAUUAUCAAUUUCAACCCACAGUUAAGAAUGGAAUAUGAAGGAGCCCCUGUACCUGCUAAUGAACCCAUAAUUAUUAACCACGUCAAGACAAACCAGGAUAUUGCCAUAGAACAGGAUUUCACAGUCAGGAGUCCAUUUGGCAGAGAGUAUGAAGUUUCUGCCAACACAUAUCUUGAUUCACAUAAAGCUGAAAUGGAAGUCAACCACUUUAUGCUGGUUCUUGGAGCACCAGGGAGUGACGUGUGCAAAGUUGAGGAUGCAAAAGCACAAGUUUUAACAGGUCCCCAGCCAUCCAUGGGAAUAACAGACAGUUCAGGAACUUCAGCAGGAACAUCUGCUUAUACAUCAGAGCAAUCCUCUCGACAACAAACUGGAAAUAUAUCACAAUAAUAUUACCCACCUGACUGUUAAUAUAUUCUAACUGUAAAAAGCAUGUUCAUGGAAUUUUCAUGAGAUAAAUCAAUCCUUAUCUUUCAUUAUCAAGAUGUGACUAUAUAUAUAUAUCAAUUUCUGAUAUAUUUAUUAUAUCUAGGUCAGUUUCUCUCCAGUACUUUGCAAUUGUUUAAUUUUGAUCUAAAGGAAACCAUGGGCAAUAUAAUGUUUUAAAAUGAUACAGUUCUUCAGAAAAAAAAUUAAGGGGACAUACUGUAAACCUUUAAAAAAAUUGCAAAAUGUAAAAAAAUAUAUAAUUUUUUUUUAUCAAUUCAACUUCAAAUUGUAUGUUGUUCUUCUGAAACAGUUAGCAUGAAAAUUCAGCAAUACAGCAAUAUUUUUGUACAUAAAUAUAUUUAAAAAUCACAAAAUUAUCAGCAGUAGAUAUUUUAGUGUCACUUAUCAUGGAUCAUGAUCUAUAGCAACAUUUUUGUCAAACAAACACUGUAUUAAGAUGUUCAAUUUCUCGAUAUACAACAUUCACAUUUUAAGGAAAUCUUUGAUUCAUUUUUGGAUAUAUAUGUUAACUAUGAAGUCCAUGUAUAUAAUUAACUGUAUAUAAAAGGAAAGUAAUAAAUUGAUCAAGAAAUAA